AUGUCUUUAUCAACAACGAACACAUUUAUUAAACAAUUAGAAGAAUUACAAAACAAAACUAAUGAUGCAGAAUUACAUUGGUAUAUUAAUGAAAUUAUAAUACCUGAUAUACCACAAAUAAUAGAAACACUAACUAUGUGUCUAAAUUUAUUAAUUUAUAAUUCACCGCAGGAACCAAAUGAAAAAGAUAGAGUUGAAAAAGGUCCAGAGAUUAAACUACCUAUAUCAUCUACUAAAUCAGAAACAUUGAAAGGAAUAAUAGUAAGAGAUGGUCCAUACAUCACCAAUUUAAAUUUGUCAAUUAAAGAACCGCAUAUAAAUAAACAUAUACAUAAAUUAUCAUUAAAGAAACCAAUAUUAUUAGAACAAAUAAUAAUAUGUCAAAAUUCAAUUGAAAAUUCAAUUAGUCUUGUCAACAAAAUAUUAAAACAAGUGGAUAUCACUUGUGACUUUCAUCUUUCAUUAAUUUCAAUUUUCAAAAAUUUAUUAAUUAAUAUUCAAUCAGCAAAGACAAAUUUACAAUUACCUACUGAUCCAAAUUUAGUAUUUCCUAUAAAUAUAACAAAUGGAGAAGAUUAUGAACCUAUACUACCCCCUAUAAUGAGUUUAGAUUUUUACAUAAGUCAAGCUGAAAUUUGUCUUGACUUGAAAAAUUUACAUAGAAUAAAUGAAGCCCCAUGGUGCGAAAUAGAUGACAAUGGGAAAUCAUAUGUUGAUAAACUAAGAGAUGAGAUGAAAUUGCCAAAAAGCUCACAACCAUCAAUAAAUGAAACCAAUAAACAAGUUGAUAAAGUAUUAGAGAAACCAAAGAAUAAUAAUAACUUCUUACUGUUUUUAAAACAUAGACAUGAACCAAUGGAAUAUAUUACAAGAUGUAUUACAUAUAAUAAUAUGGUUGUUAUGGUUAAUUGUAAAAUAGAAGUCAGUAGUGAAGAUCCGAUAUUAGUCAGUUGUUUUACUAAGCUAGAUUCUAUUGAUUAUUUAAUAAGUGGUUACUUAAAUAGUAUAAAUAAUCUUAUGUAA